UUUUGCAUGCACUGCAUAUUUAUUAAGAAGAAUAGUUAUACAAGUGGAUUUCUUAUGCUAGCGUGUGUUUUUUCUUUCAGAUGAACACAGACCAAUUGUCCACCCUUUCACGUGUCCAAAGAACAGAUUUCACGUGACAAGUUUGGAUUUUCGAAUGUUGCCGAGCUUAGCGACCAUCAUACUUGAUCUGAUGUUUUAUUCAAAGACACCAGUUGAUGAGCAUUACGAGCCAUUUUUCCAUAUUUCCAUUGUGGAAGGAGACAUUUCUUUAGUGUUGGACAGUGAGGCUUUGUCAAGAUUUCCUGAAGGCUCUCUUUACACAAACACCAAUGACGAAGGAUGGAAAAUGAUUCGUGUUGGAGAUGCUCCCCUUGGGUUUGAGGAGAGUGGCAUAGUUGCGCAGUUAUCUGAACCUCUAACUGACGCUUUGUGUAGCUCUUUUUACAUCUGCACUUUCCUUUAUGAUCAUCUGUUGGUGCCUGAAAAUGAGAUUGACAAGGCAAUAGAGCUGCUGAAUUCUUUACGAGUAACAUAGAAUCGGCCAGAAAUUUGCUGCAAUUCAUAAAGCUUAAUUUCUCAGAUUAAAUUACUUUUAUUAGUUACAUCAUUCUAUUUUGAAAAAUGUACAUUAUUGACCUUACAGUUAUAAUUAUUGUUUCUAUUGUUAUUAUAUGCAAGAUGGUAAUAAUUAUUUAGUUUUUGAGGCAUAUUAUUUUGGAAGAUUGUGCAAUUUACCAUAAUUUGUGUACAUUUUGUACAGUAUGUUGAAGUUUUAGUCUGAUUCAUUCAGAUAUUUUCAAUUCGUCAAGCAUUAAAGAAGCAAUUCUCAUUUGUUAAUCAUUUUAUUGUACUUAGAAAUAUUUGAGUUAGUCCUCUUUGCAGUGAUAAUUAUUAUUAGAUUUUCAAUUUUUUUACUUAUCUUUACAUCUUCGACCACAAAAUUUAAUAGUUAUUUAUUAUAUGGAGAAGAGUGUUUUACUGGGAACUAAACCACUCGUAGAUUCCAUACGCCACUUCAUCCGGG